AACUAUCUUUUCUAUUUCUAGUUACUCUCGUCAAUGUCAUAAAUAGUCCAGUAGUUCCAUAUUCAGCUAACAAAGCUUAAGAAGAAGACUUCAAAAAGAAGCACUCAAUACACUACAAUCAGAGCUCAAGAGAGAGAGAGAGAGAGAGAGAGAGAUAAAAAGAGAGAAAUGAUGUGUAGCUUGAAAAUGGUCUCUCCACGGCCUCCAACGACUCUAUUCCAGUCGAAUGGAGAUGGGUUCCCAACAUUUCUUCCGAAGGAGGUAAAAGACAUAAAAGAUCCAUUCGCAAGAGCUCUGGCUCAAAAGAUUGUACGGAUUCCAGUUCCUCUUCAGAUGGAAAACUUUAGAGGCUGUGUAAUGAGUAGCUGUAUCAAACCAACUGUUCAAUUACCGGACAAAAGUCCUGUCGUUCUUCUUCAUUGUUUUGACAGUUCGUGUCUUGAAUGGAGGCGUGCGUAUCCUCUGCUUGAGGAAGCUUGUCUUGAGACUUGGGCUAUUGAUGUUCUUGGUUGGGGCUUCUCCGAUUUACAGAAACUUCCACCAUGUGAUGCAGCAUCUAAGCGACAUCAUCUAUUCGAGCUUUGGAAAACAUAUAUCAAACGACCAAUGAUUUUAGUUGGACCAAGCUUAGGAGCAACUGUAGCUGUUGAUUUCACUGCUACUUACCCUGAAGCUGUUGAUAAACUGGUUCUCAUUAAUGCGAAUGCGUAUUCAGAAGGAACCGGUGCUCUUAAAGAUUUACCAAAAUCAAUUGCUUACGCUGGGGUUAAGUUGUUGAAGUCAUUUCCUCUUCGCCUUUUGGCCAACGUAUUAGCCUUUUCAUCUCCCUUGUCAGAGAAUAUAGAUUGGACUAAUAUUGGCCGGUUACAUUGUCAAAUGCCGUGGUGGGAAGAUGCGAUGGUCAACUUUAUGAUUAGCGGAGGCUACAAUGUUGCUUCACAUAUCAAACUCAUCAACCACAAGACGCUCGUUAUAUGCAGUGAGAAUGAUCAGAUUGUUAGCAACCAGCUUUCAGUUAAAUUGUUGUGUGAGCUACAAAAUGCGGUUUUCCGGGAAGUACCAGAUUCCGGUCAUCUUCCACAUGUUGAGAACCCUAAACAGUUUGUGAAGCUGAUAUCGGAUUUCGCCAGUGGAAAACUUAAUUGAUUCUAAUAUAUUGUAACGAUCUGCUUCAAGCUCAUGAAGUGGCUACAAAGAGGGAGUUGUCACCUUAUAUACUAUGAAAUAAAUACAAAUAGAUUAGUCUAGCUUGGGCUUGGGAUGGCUAUAGAAACAUCUCUGUUAUUAUUUUCGUAAGCUAACUAAGAGAAUAUUCAAUAUUGGUUUUUACAAGAUCGUAAGAGGAUAUAAAAAACCUUAAAGCCUUCA